UUUAGCGCUUACGAAAUGUUGGUCAGUUUCUCCAAGCUGGUACUUGGGCCCAAACUCCCCAGGUGCUGAUGGGAGGGCAGGGGCGCUUCCACUUCUAGGAAACUCAAGGAGGCAAAAGAAUUCAUGCCUCCCUCCGAAACAGGUUCCGGUUGUACACUAGGAGAUCCCCUAGUGGGAAGGUCGGAAACCGGAAGUGAUUCCCCCGCCCCUUUCUAACAUGCCCGUUUGCCCGUCCUCUUCCGCAUGGGGUUUCGUCGUCAGACAGCGUCCCAUCGGGCGCGGCCUGACCGAGGGAGGUUCGGCGAGGGCGACAGGCAGGAAAGAUGUUGAGCCGACUGCAGGAGCUCCGCAAGGAGGAGGAAACACUGCUGCGGGUGAAGGCGGCUCUGCACGACCAGCUCAAUCGACUCAAGGUUGAAGAGCUGGCCCUGCAAUCAAUUAUUAGCUCCAGAGAGGGCAAUGGAAUGACCCAUUCUUCACCUUUAACAGAGGAACCAGAAAAUAUCUUGGUGCAGGUAGACAAUGAAUCUUCCAUCAAUCAAACUGAAUUACAGCUAAGCACAAGAAACCAUGCUCAAGAAGAGGAAGAGGAGGAGGAAGAAGAGGAAGAAUCAGAUUCCUAAAGGAGAAAGGGAAAAAUCAGGAUUAGUUAUUUAUCUAAGUUAACAGUAAGAUUCAGGAACUUCCUCUGUUCAAUCGCAGUACAAUCAUUCUAGCCUAUUCAUGAAGAACUCCCAGAAAAUGCACUAUUAAAAAGACCCCAUAGCUUGCUGAAGCUUUAGAAUGUUGAGUCCAAACAAAAACUGAUGAAAGAUAGGAUAUUCAAGAAUCUAUUUUACCAGGGAAAAAGAGGUCAAGUUCAUACAAGUUAAUCAAAUUAGAUACAUAUACAUACUAGAAAUAAAACUCCAUGUGAAUUCUGUUGAAAUGUUCACCUAUGUACAACCAAGAUAGUUUAACUGCAAGGCAGCCUUUCACAUUUUCUAAUGUGUAUUUACAGUUAAAAACAUGCCAUUAAACUCCCAUAUGCACAAAGCAAGGCUGUAUUCUAGGUUCUAGAAUCUACUAAUGGUUAAAAAGAAAGAGGAUUUAAUGGGAUUCAGCUUCUCACAUAAAAAGUGGAAGCUCUGUUUAAAUGCUACUUUGAGGAACAUCAUGACAUAAGAGCACACAGUAUGCUGCUUGGCAUGGUUGUGACUGUGUCUUACUCUAUCGCAUUGUGGUAAAAUGUGUUUAGAAUAAAUCUUAGAUAGAAAAUGCUGUCUAACGAAUACCAAAGGAGAAAAGCCAGCCCGAGUUCUUGUGAAAGUAGAGUACAUAUUAUAAUGAUAGAACUGAAUCAUUUAAAACAUUUUUGUAUUUAAGGAAAUGUGCCAUAUUUUUAAAGAUGUCUUGGGAAAUACUUGAGUGGAUUCGUUUUUACAAUAAAGAGAAAAUGGCUAAAGAAA